AUGUCGUCCCUGUCCACCUCACUUAAAAACUCAUAUCAGAGAUGGCUUUGCCCGUACGAGGAGUAUCUCCGGCUCGCCAAGCCUGGAGUACACCAACAAUUAGAGUACGAGAAUGGCGGCCCUUACACACCAAGUCCUGCUGUGACGCCUAUGAAGCGGUCCACUGUCAACACUCCCUCCAGCGCCCGAGCGGAUUCGCCUGCACGCCAUGCAUCAGACGCACUUCAAGCCAGCAUCAAUGGGCUUAAGAAAGAAGCCGACCGUGACACUCCUAUGGCAGAUGCGCCACCAACGCCUGCACCAGCGCCAACGCCUGUCACUUCGGGAUUUAGAGCGAUCAAUUCUGGCGGCUUCACUCCCGUUAACUCAGGAUUCACAAGUGUUAACCGACCCGGCCCUCAAAAUGAUGCAACAAGCACGCCGCAAAAGUCUUUCAGCCCUUUGAACUCUGCAAAAAACACACCAGAAUACAGGCCCUCAAGCCUAGGUCCUGCAGCAUUGAAGCGUCAGAUGAGCUGUGAUAGCCUUGACUCCGCUAAGAAGGAUACCAACACAGACAAAGAUGAUGCAGACAGUGGAAGCAGGCGGAGCAAAAGACUGAAGAAAGAUACCGUCCCUACCGUGGCCGGAUCUCACAUGUCCCUGUUCCGACCUUCGGUGCCUAGGAUUCCCAGAGAUGAGACUUCAGCCCCUGGAGAGAAAUGUGAGCAAUGCGGCAAAGCAGAUGAGGGCGGUUCCUUGAUUGUCUGCGAAUCAUGCGACCAUGCCUACCAUGGCACGUGCCUUGAUCCUCCUCUAAAGCACAAGCCUGAAUCGGAGUGGAACUGUCCAAGAUGCCUGGUUGGAGACGGCCAAUAUGGGUUUGAAGAGGGUGGCCUGUACUCUCUGAAGCAGUUCCAGCAGAAGGCUGCGGACUUCAAGCAGGGGUACUUCGAGAAGAAGAUGCCUUUCGACCCUGUUCUCAACUGCCAUCGGCCCGUCACAGAAGAGGAUGUUGAGACUGAGUUUUGGCGCCUCGUUGCUGAUAUCGAGGAGACUGUGGAAGUCGAGUAUGGCGCCGAUAUUCACUGCACUACUCACGGCUCUGGAUUCCCUACUGUCGAGAAGCAUCCCAACAACCCAUAUUCGACUGAUCCUUGGAACCUCAACCUCUUGCCGCUCCAUCCCGAAAGUUUGUUCAGACACAUCAAAUCGGAUAUUUCUGGUAUGACGGUGCCGUGGGUAUAUGUUGGCAUGAUCUUUUCCACAUUUUGCUGGCACAACGAAGACCACUACGCGUACUCGGCCAAUUAUCAACACUUUGGCGCAACCAAGACAUGGUAUGGAAUUCCUGGCGAAGACGCCGAGAAGUUUGAGGCUGCCAUGCGAGAGGCUGUCCCUGAACUCUUCGAGACCCAGCCUGAUUUACUUUUCCAACUGGUUACCCUCCUCACUCCUGAGCAGCUAAAGAAGGCUGGCGUUCGUGUGUACGCUUUGGACCAGCGCGCAGGACAGUUCGUCAUUACCUUCCCCCAGGCCUACCAUGCAGGCUUUAAUCACGGAUUCAACUUCAACGAGGCCGUGAACUUCGCCCCGUCUGAUUGGGAGCCGUUUGGUCUUGCCGGAGUCGAGAGACUCCAAGUGUUCCGGAGACAGCCUUGUUUCUCUCACGACGAACUUCUGUGGACUGCUGCUGAGGGCACGACUAAUGGCGGCCUCAACAUUCAUACCGCUAAAUGGCUAGCACCUGCACUCGACCGAAUCAAAAAGAGAGAGAUGGCAAACCGAGCCGAUUUUGUGGCGAAGCAUCUCGAGUCGCAGCAUCACAACUGCGCUCUUGCUGGCAAGGAGGAAAGUUCUUGCCCCUUGAAGUUCGAAAUUGAUGAUACGGAUGUGCCCGAGGAAGAGUACCAAUGCUCAUACUGCAAGGCUUUCACGUACCUCUCUAGGUUCAAGUGUCUCAAGUCGGGCAAGGUCCUGUGCCUUGCUCAUGCUGGCCACCAGCCAUGCUGUGACAUGCCCGAGCAGCAACGUUUCAACGGAGACAAGCAUGCUGUCAUCUACAGGCAGUCGGAAGAGGACAUCGAUGCGACCUACGAAAAGGUCCUCGAAAAGGCACGCACACCAGAAGCCUGGGAAGAGAAGUACGAGAAACUUCUGGAAGAGGAGGCGACUCCUUCUCUUAAGACUCUACGGAAUCUUCUACACGAGGGUGAGAAAAUACCCCAUGACCUGCCCUCGCUCCCUUUGCUUCGGGAAUUCGUCGAACGAUGCAAUGAUUGGGUGGAUGAGGCCACCAACUACACGGUCCGGAAGCAGCAAAACAGGCGCAAGAGCGAAAAGUCCAUUCUCAACCGAAAAAACUCGCUGGACCAGAAAGAAAGAGAUGCGCGAAAUGUUUCCAAUGUGUAUCGCUUGCUCAGUGAGGCGGAGCAGAUAGGAUUUGACUGCCCGGAGAUUACCCAGCUGAGGGAGCGGGCUGAGGCUAUCGAGGCCUUCCAGAAGAAUGCAGCUAAAGCACUGGAACAGAUCCACCUCGCCGAACUCUCAGACAUCGAAGACCUACUUGAGGAAGGCAGGACUUUCAACGUCGAUAUGCCGGAAGUCGAUCGCCUCUCGCGAGUUCUGGAGCAGCUCCGGUGGAACGAAAAGGCCAGGAACAACAGAGGCGUUCUCUUGUCUCUGAACGAAGUUCGUGAGCUCAUCGAGGAGGGCAAGCGCCUGGAUAUUCCACCAUACAACGACCACUUGGCCUAUUACAUUGAUCAAAUGAAUGCGGGACAACAGUGGGAAAAGAAAGCCAGGGAGUUGAUCAUCGCGGAGAUUGUUCACUACCCUCAGCUUGAGGCCUUGUCCAUGCAGGUCACUGCAAAUUUCCUGCCAGUGUCCGCUGAAACUCUAGCUGCUGUUGACCAAAUCCUCCACAAGCAACGAGAGGCACACCGCCAAAUUGUCGACUUGACCGAACGAUCACGGGAUCCCGAGAUUCGCAAGCGACCCAAGUACGCUGAGGUAGCCGAGAUCAUGCGUAAGCUGGAUGACUUGAACUCGAAGCCCAAUGGCACGCUUGACCUUGAACGCGAGCAAAAGCGACACGAGGACUGGAUGCGAGAAGGCAAGAAGUUGUUCGGCAAGACCAAUGCACCACUUCACAUUCUCAAGAGUCACAUGGACUAUGUCUUUGAGCGCAACCAAGAUUGUUUUGACAUCGUCAAUGACAAGCCCCGCAUGCCUGCCGAACCUGCGUCCAGAGAAGCCAGUCCUGAUGGUAAAGUACACCGAUGGGAAGACCCUCGGUUCCGUGAGGUAUUCUGCAUCUGCCGAAAAGUGGAAGCUGGCAUGAUGAUCGAGUGCGAGCUUUGUCACGAAUGGUACCACGGCAAGUGCCUAAAGAUUGCCCGUGGCAAAGUCAAGGACGAAGACAAGUAUACUUGCCCCAUUUGUGACUGGCGCGUCAAGAUCCCGAGAGAUGCCGCCCGCCCUAAGCUUGAAGAGCUUAUUGCUUGGUCCGACAAGAUUCCAGGCCUGCCUUUCCAACCCGAAGAAGAGGAGGUUCUUCAAAGGAUCAUUGACAAUGCCCAAGAAUUCCGAAACCACAUUGCCGGGUACUGUAACCCAGUUGUCUCUACUGAAAGCGAGGCGGAUACCCAACGGUUCUAUCUUCGCAAAAUCGAGGGCGCAGAAAUCUUGCUCGCUUACGAGACAAACUUUUUCAGGCAAGAACUUCACAAGUGGUGCCCCGUCGCACCAAACCCGCCUCCCGUGUUGGAGGUUUCCAAGAGCACUCGCAAGCCGCGCCCGACUAAGCUGCAGAAACUCUUGGCACAGUUUGGUGUGGACGAUCCCGAAGACCUUCCAGAGAACAUGAAGGCCAAGGCCGCGAGUUUGAAGCGGAAAGCUCAGAAUGCCGAGGCAGCCGCUGCAGCAGCCGCGGCCGCGGCCGCGGCGUCUUCUUCUGGUGCAACUGUACCUCCGGGUGCACUUGGAGGAGGAUACAGCCGGAAGUCGGAGCACUCGUCUGCAACGCCUCCUGGCACGUCCCACGGCCACGCACAACACCCAUCUAUCGGCAGCAAGGACGACCCUAUGGACAUCGAUAGUGGCCCAACGCUUCACCCUGGUCUCUUCGGCUCACGUGGCCCGCAGCUCGUCGGCGACAACGUAUCGAUAUCUCUUGAAGAGCGUCUGCUACAAGGCCAGGAGGAUGGGCUGAAUCUUCACACGGAGGCUGGGAAGAGUAAGGCCCUCGAGAUCCUUCGCCGCACAGAGGUUGGUCGCAAACGCGCCGUGGAGAUGUUCGGCGCGGACGUCUUCAAAGGCGACGUUGGCAUGCUCAAUGAGCGAGACGAUGCACCCCGCUCUCGAGAGGAGGAGGUGGCUGUAAACAAGAUGUUCGACGACCUGACUAAUCAGGAUGACGAGAAGAAGCCGGAGGUGUUUGAUGGACCGAUCACGGCUGAAAGCCUAGAGAGUGAGCGCAAUGGCAUGGACGCCUUGCUUGACGGCGAUUAG